GGUAAACAAGGACAUUUUGACAGGUGAUCACGUUCGUUAUGGAAUCUGACGAUAAUUUUAAAAAGCAAACAGAAAUAGGCCCCCAGUAUUCUAAUGAACCUGUGUUUACACUACAAUGUAACCAAUGUGAGUCAACUGUAUGUAGGAGAGGAAUGAGUGCUGUACUACUAGCGAAUGCUGAAGUCCAACUUUUUUCAACGGACUGUCCUGAAAUCUGUGAUGUUGCCACAACAACCAACUUGUUCCUUGCAGAGAAUUGUGAUUGUUGGUUAGUGAAUAUGGCCUGUAUUAAUUGUGGGAAUUGCCUAGGUUACAAUGUCAGAGUGCCAUGUCGUGAUUGUCUUUCAUCAUCCAAUAAUGGCCAUUUAUGGAUGUUUUAUGUAGGUGCUGUUUCCUCGUAUGAACGGUUGAAUUAUAAAGGUGAAGAAGUUCUUUUGUGGGGCAAUUUAAAUGAAGAUGAAAAGAAAUAUGAACAGUUUUUGAAAGAUCAAGAUAUAUGUUGCAGAUGAUAGAGCAUAAACAGAAAAAAAAAUUUAGGGAUGCAAAUAGACAAAGAAGCUAAAUAGCGAUCAUGAUUUAAACAUGAUUUCUCUUGCCAGCUGAUUAGUUUGAACACAUUCAAAUUUAAUGAUCCCUACAUUUCCAAGAUUAACCACCCACCUUGAUUUGGUUUAAUCUUACACAUAUGCCAUUUGAUCUGAAGAUUCUAUUCAAAAAUAUUGUUUGAGCCAGGAUGCUUUUUUGAAAUAUCUUGAGAGAUAGACCUUACACUGGAAUUUCUAUUUUUCAUCACUUGAUAUAAUUUUCACACUGGGCAUGUGAAGGAUUUUUAUCUUUAUUUGAAAAUCAAGAUAUUGACUGAAAACUGUUAUUUUUAUUUGGGGGGGGGGGGGUGUUGUUGUUGUUGUUAAAUUUUUUUCAAGGGAGAACACUGUACAUUUUGUUAUGAAAUGAAUUACAAAUAUCUUUUAUGUCUUCUUUUUGAAGACAAUUGUGCUUAUGCUUCCAUAUGAUUUUUUUUUAGAAAAAGUAAGAGAGUUUGUGUUAAAUUUAAAAUAUGUUUCUUUAUUAAACUAGAUCUUUACCUUAUAUACAAAUUUUCUGGCAUUUUCACGAUAUAUACCUCAUCAACAUUAUAUGCAUAAGCUAUUGUAUACAAAUUUUAGUGAUUUAUUAUGGAAUUCAGGAAGCCCUGAAGAAAUAUUUGUACCUGUAUAUAUGCAAUUUCAGCUUUCAUUGAUAAUUGUGUGUUUAUUCAAGUAUUAAGAUCAUUAGUUAUUGUUUUAAUUUGUAUAAGAUAUGCAACUGAUACCACGUAAUCAGUAAAUAAAAAGUAGUAGAAAUACUAUCCUAAAUAACUGCCUCAAGUAAAUUUUUGAACUUAUUUUUUUUUUAGCAAGAAAUAAACAUUAGCGUGUCAGGUACAUUCAAACAUCUUGUUUUUUUUAAUUUUUUUUUUUCAAAUUCAAAUUAUGUGAUUUUUUUUUAUACACAUAAUAUUAUCAAAGUUGUAUGCACCAGUUGCACUUUUUCUAAAAUUGAGAAUCAACUUUCAACCAUAGCUACCUACAUUGUUACUUUUUCUGAUUAACUUUCGAUUUUUAAAACAAAGAUUUAAAAACAUGUAUCUGCAGUAGAUAUAAUUAUGGAUAUGUUUUUACUUUGUAAUAAUCUUUUGAAAAACCAUUAUUUUUCAAAUGGUCAGAAGAAUUUUGAAUUGAACUUUAUUUUUGCUAGAAAAUAUGUCUUGGUUAAAGUAUUUUUGCAGUAAAUGGAUAAACCCUAGGCAACCAUAGGGCUUUAUAGAUUGAAUAUUGUAGAUUAAUAGCAUAAAACAUUCAUAUGAUAGCCAAUUUUCUUGGUCUCAAUUUCUUUUGGAAAUAGUGCUGACAGUUGAGAAAAAAAAAUAGUUGCUGUCUUUGUUUAAUGAAAGCAAUCUGUCCCGUCAGUGCUCACAAGCACUUUGAUUUGUUUAUACUGAAAAUGAUGUGAUGAUUUUAACAAAAUAAAUGGCUAACACAUGAAUGGUUUAUUCUGUAGGGUUACAAACUCAGGCAUACAAAGUUUUAAUGUACCAGUACACAGCUUUUGUAUGUAUUGUACAGUAUAUGUUAGAUUGUUUAUGUAAACUGUGAUAUCUUUUGUUUAUAGUGCUGGCAUUAUUGUUUAUAGGUAUGUAUUGCGGUUUCAGUAUUUUAGAAAUUUUCUCCAGUCCCUUUUGAGAUUUCUUUUUAAAGAAAAACAGUAAAGUUGUCAUAAUAACUAGUAUGUUUCCUUGCAAAUCUGUAUAUUAAUGGUUUAAUAUUUAAGAAUAAGAAAAGGGCAAAUGUGAGGUCAUUACAUGUAUGCCAAAAUUGGAUCAAAAUCUCAAAUUUGUUUCAAUAAAUUCAGAUUUAGACUAAAUGAUAACUUCUUAAAGUAUCAGAUUUCUGAGUAAGAAUUCAUUUGAUUCUAUUUUAUUGCCUAAUGUCUCUAAAAUAAAAUGAAUUUCAUGUCUACUUAUAGUUGUUCAUGUUUUUGGAAUCGUUUAGGGUUUUGAGUAAACAGUAGUUGCCAUUAUUUUGUUUUUGUUGUUGUGGCGGUUGUAAUGUUGAUAAUUUUUUCAUUACUUUUAAUUUCUGAGCAAAACAUACCUAAUGUAAUGGAAAAUUGUGAUAAUUUAGUUUGGGGGUCUGAGGGGUAUGAUUUCAAGAAAUUUGUUUUUGUGUUUACCAUUUUUAUUCAGGAACGUGUGUCUAUAAAUUUUUGAAGUACAUGUAUAUGUAAUAAACAUAACUUUUUUUUUGCAGUCCUGUGGAAUAUUUACCAGGUACUGGUACUCUAUAACCAUUACUUUUUGUAAGGAGAAACAGACAAAUUUUUUUUUUAAUUGUGGCCUAAGUUUUGAUGCAUAAUACAUGAAAACCAAUCCUUGACAUUAUGGGUAGCAACAUUGAUACUAGAUGACAAGGGAGAUAACUAUACUAAACAAAAUAGAAAGGGAAAAAUUACCUGUUUUCUCAGAUCAAAAAUAAACUUGUCUCAUUGGCAAUCAUACCUCAUCUCCUUAUUUUUAUAUUAAAUGCAAAUUUAACUAAUAUUUUUUUAUUAUUUUUUUGUCUUAUUUAUUUCAAGUAUAACCUUUCACCCGUACAUUUCCCUACUCAAUUUGUUUCUGGUCAAUUGUACACAUUUUUAUGUAUGAAACGGUAGUGCUUUUGCUCAUGCAAUCAAAAUAGAUAUAUGCAUAUGUAGUUACUUACCUAUAGUGUGUAUUGCCCAAAGUGAUAUUGAUGAAUUUAUGUGUAUUUUUUGUAUAAUUAUUUAGAUACAGCUACAAAAUAGUAGAUACCUAUGUAAAGUUUAUAUACAUAUGUUUACAUUUUUUUUCAUGUUACACGAAUACAUUAAACUUAUUUUCAUUUGA